CUCAUCUCCUCUGCCUGGAUUCUAUCGAUGUUUCCUUCAUCGUUUGGUAAAGCCUGGUUAUCACUGCAUGUGGGGAAUUCAAUGUUGUUAAAGAGAGGAGCGGGACUUCCAUGUUUCGCUGACCGAUAAGCAGCAUGGGUCGGCGUUCCUCUGACAGCGAGGAUGACAGUCGGAGCAGGAGGAAAAGAAAACAACGUCGCCGUUCAUCCUCAUCCUCCUCUUCUUCCUCCUCCUCUGGAAGUCGGGUGAGGAGUAGCCGCAGCAGGAGAUCCAGCCGCAGGAGCCGCUCCAAGGACAGAAGGAGGCGACGGCGCUCCAGCAGCAGUUCCUCCCAGAGUUCAUCUCGCAGGAAGAGGAGCAGAAGUGGAGACAGAGAUAAAGGAAGAAGCCACCGCUCGCACAGGUCUCGCAGUCGGGACAGAAGGUCUCAUUCUCGCCACCGGAGGUCUCGCAGCAGGAGCAGCAGCCACAGCCGCAGCCACCGAACAAGCCAUAGCCGCAAGAGGAGCCGCAGCCGAGAGCGGGACAGAAGUCGGCGUAAGGGCCGGGACAGGGACAAAGAGAGGGAGCGAGACAGAGGAAAAGACAGAGACAAGGACAAAAGUAAAGACAAGAAAGGAGAUGCCGCGAGUAUCAAAGACAAACUGGAACAUCUGACUCCAGCAGAGCAGGCUAAAGUCCGAAUGCAUUUGGUGUUGCAGGCUGCAGCUAAGACAGAUGAGGUUCUAAAGGCCAAAGUAGCCAAGAGAGAAGAGGAGGCCCGAAAGAAGCUCGAAGAAGAGGGAACCUCUCUGGAGGAGCAGGUGCGAAGGAUAAAGGACAUUGAGGCCAUCGAGAGCGAUUCCUUUGUUCCUCAGGCUUUCAAAUCAUCCCGGGAUGACACAAAGAGUGCUGCAGUCCAGGUGAAGCAGGAAUCGGAGAAGCCGCCCUCUCAGGACAUCUCUCUCCCCAUUUCCAUCGUCUACGAUGACAGUGGCACAAUUGCUCAUCCCAGUUUAUUCAUGGAUAGAGAGACGGCUGAGGACCUCUGGAUGAAAAGACUGAUCUCACUGCGACAGGAACGUCUAAUGGGAAGCCCUGUAACAUAAAGAGUUCCCAGCAUUUUUUCAUUCCCGAUUUUUCUUUUGCAUUGCCUAUUUCUACUUUAGUGAGGCUUCUGAUGUAGCUGAUUUUGGUCUUAUUCUACUUUGUUUUGUUUUUAUCAGAGACAAUAAAUACAUGCUGAUUGAUGAUUUAGAUGUAGUUAAUACUGUUUGACUAUCUUUUACACUCUUCAAUAAAAAGUCCACUGUGACUUAUCUGGAAAGAUUG